UUUUCUUUUUUCUUUUUUUUUUUGUUUCUGUUUUCUCUUUAUUAUUAUCUAUUAUGUCUAAACAACAGCAGUUUCAACGUCUUUUAUAUAUUCUCUCUAUAGCAUCUCUUUUACUGUCCUUCUUACCCCUUUUGGAAGGUGCUCCUUUAGUUCCUAGAGAUCCUACUGAUACUUCUACUGUGACUUUGCCAUUCACUAAUUAUAAUGUAUCAGUCCAAAGUAUUGUUCUUACUGUCAUCUUGUUUAUUACUGGUGGUUAUCUUUGCUUCCUUGGUGGUGUCCAUCAACACUUUACCAUGUUUAUUGUUGGUUUCUAUGUUGGUUCAAACGUCGCCUAUAUUAUUUUAUUGAAUGCCAAGGAAGAUUAUGGAUCCAAUACUGAAACUAUUCUACUUGUUGUUAGUGUGGUAGUGGGGAUCCUUGCUGGUCUUUUAUUAUCUUGCUGUUUCUUCUUGGCCGUUUAUUUGGUUGGUGCUUUGUUGGGUUAUUUCGCUGCUCUUUGGUUACUAUCCUGGGUCACUAAUGGUUUGAUUCAAUCAAAUUGGGGUCGUGCUAUUCUGAUUAUUGUAUUUGUCAUUGUUGGUGUCAUAUUGAUGGCCUUCUUUGAACGUAUCUUGAUGGUUAUUGCUACUGCCUUUAUUGGUUCAUUUGCUAUCUUCAUUGGUGUCGAUAUUUACGUCAAAACCGGUUUCGCUGAAUCCGUUAUCAACUUUUUACGUGCUCGAAGUGUUACUUUGAUCGCUCAAGCUACUCCUCAAUUACGUGGUAUGUUGGGUGGAUGUUUGGGUUUGGCUAUUGUAGGUGCUUUGAUUCAAUUCUGUCAACUUCGUCGUCGAUCUAACCCUCCACCAACUUGGAAUCAACAAUAUCCUUACGGUCGCUAUGGAUGGAAACGCGUUUAAACGAUGAUUCUCUUUAUAUAUUUAUAUAUCGUCAUAUAUUUUAUCUUCUCCCGCUAUCUCUUUAUUAUAUAUUAUCUUCAUUUUAUUCUCUUAUCCCCUUACUCUUUGUAUACUCUGUUUUAUAGUUAUAUAACCCAAUUAGUCUUAUAUGUAUAUAUUCAUUAUGAAAUAAAAUAUAUAAAAAAAAAAAAAUAAAAAAAAAU